ACGUUUCGUUUUCGCUCAUCGCUUGUUUUGUUUGACAGUUGAAUUUUGUUUGGUUGAUUGAGAGCCGGAGUCAGCGAAAAUUUGAUUACUCAUUUUACAGUAAAACCGCCAAUACUUUUACUUUUUUCAUAUAAACCUGAAAGAGGAAACUAUCCAAGAUGUUUCUUACACGUUCUGAGUAUGAUCGUGGCGUGAACACAUUCAGCCCUGAAGGAAGGCUGUUCCAAGUGGAAUAUGCUAUUGAGGCGAUUAAACUGGGUUCGACUGCGAUCGGCAUCUGCACUUCAGAAGGAGUUGUGUUGGCCGUCGAAAAGAGGAUUACUUCGCCUCUGAUGGAGCCUACGACGAUCGAGAAGAUUGUAGAAGUUGAUAGACAUAUCGCUUGUGCUGUGUCUGGACUGAUGGCCGAUUCUAGAACCCUAGUGGAGCGUGCAAGAGUGGAAUGCCAGAACCACUGGUUUGUGUACAAUGAGCGCAUGAGCGUUGAGUCGUGUGCUCAAGCUGUGUCUAACUUGGCUAUUCAGUUUGGAGACAGUGAUGAUGAUAGUGGCACCGCCAUGUCCAGACCUUUUGGUGUUGCUGUUAUGUUUGCAGGGAUUGAUGAGAAAGGUCCUCAGCUAUUCCACAUGGACCCCAGUGGUACAUUUGUGCAGUAUGAUGCCAAAGCCAUCGGCUCUGGUAGCGAGGGUGCCCAGCAGAGCUUGAAGGAAGUAUACCACAAAUCCAUGACUCUAAAGGAAGCAAUCAAGUCUGCACUCACCAUCCUGAAACAAGUAAUGGAGGAGAAACUUUCCGAGAACAACGUGGAGGUGGUCACCAUGACUCCCGGUUCCAUGUUCCACAUGUUCACUCGGGAACAGCUUGCUGAGGUCAUUAAAGACAUACCUUGAGUUAGCGUAGAACUAUAUGGUGCAUAAUGUAACUAUUGUAGUAGUAUGAAAACUUUUUGAAGGUAAACAUAAUAUUAUCGUAGUUACAUGUUGAACAAGUAAAAUGUUUGGAAGUAUGUAAAUUGAAGUAAUAUUUGAAGUAAAUUGUAUAUUAUUUAACUUUUAUUGUAUGUAUUUUUUUCCAAAUUAAGUAUUUCAGUCAUAGCUAAAUGAGAUCUACUUAGAUUAAGUAAAUAGUUACAUUCCACAUAAAAUAUAGAAAAAAAACUUCACAUUUUUGAUGGCAUUUAUGUACCUAAUGUAACUAAAAAUUCGCAGUUUCUUAGUGGAUCUACUUUGGCUGAUGUAGCCUUAACUUAGUCCCAAGUUACAAUAUUUUACUUUGGGCGUUAUUUACAAUGGUUGAAAAUGUAUUCUAUUGCGUUUGUAUACUGGCAUAGCAAAUGAACCAUUAAAUUAAAAUCAUGUAAUAUUAUAUAUUUUGUAUGUAUAUAAUUUAUUUCAAAUAUAACAGGUGUCGGAAACAUUUUGAAUCUUACAGUAAGUAUUUCACUGUUUAAUAAAAACAUCAUCAAUUUUCUA